AGAUUCCGCGGUAGAUGCUCCGACUCGCUGGCCACCAGUCUCCCUCGUCUAUUACUACUCGUACUGCAAUGUGCACUGCACACAGCGCGACCAGGCACCAGGGCCAGUCAGUCGACACACACACAAUACACACACACACACUCCAGUGUUCUGACUGUUCCAACACACCACACACGGGUGAAAACACAGGAGUAUAAUGUUGCAUCCAGUUUAUAUAAUCUGCCAUUACUGAGCAAUACAGAGGAGCUGGUCUUGAUGCUGGAUAUUCGGAGGAUGAGUUUACUCUUCUGAAACCAAAGACUUGUAGACUCCACGUAUCGAGUGUACACACUCAGCAACAAUGGGGUUGUUACCUCGUUCAGUUCGUCGCAGGCGUUCGUCCAUCAUUUAUUUCGUUCUGGUACUACUGAUCAUCGUCAUCUUAGCUCAUUACUUUGACUUGCUGAACUUUCCGACCACUCACCUGGCGCACUACUCAAAACGUUACAUUCGUUACCAGAAAUACAAGCAGUCGGAGCCGUAUCGCACGGGCCCUGGCGAGCAAGGGGCUGCCGUACUUUUGCAUGGAGAGGAGAAAAAGCUGGCUGACAGCUUGAUGGAUGCAGAGGCUUUCAAUAGGAUUGCCAGCGACAAAAUUUCUCUUGAACGAUCGAUAAAAGAUGUUCGAGACGAAAG